AUGGCAACGGAAUCGGCUGCUAUUGACGCCCAGACCCAGGGACCAACCAUUCUGGCAGCAUGCUGGAUUCUGGUGGUCAUUCCGGGUCUUAUUGUUGCUCUGCGAUUGUGGUGUUGGAACCAGGCUCUGCAAUUGGUCUAUACAGCCCUCAACACGAAGGCCGUGCAAAUGGGAGUAGUCGGCAAGCACGUGUUUGCCAUCGAGGACCCAGAACUCAUCCCACCGGCACUCAAACUUGUAUACAUCAGCUACGUGAUUAUUAUCAUCAGUUGCGUGUUCAGCAAGACUUCUUUUGCCUUUACGCUCAUGCGAAUCGUGACCAAGACGUGGAUGAAAGCUUUGCUUUGGUUUAUUAUCAUCACCAUGAAUGCUGUCAUGUGGCUCUGCGCUAUUUGCUACCUGGCACAGUGCCGCCCAGCAGCAGCACUUUGGGAUGCCAGUCUUCUGGCAACUGCGAAGUGCUGGCCAAGUUAUGUCUUCGAAACGAUUGCUCUUGUUGCUGGAGCUUACUCUGGAUGCAUGGAUUUCAUCCUUGCGCUCCUGCCAUGGGUGGUUCUGUGGAACUUGGAAAUGAAGAAGCGAGAGAAGGCCGGUAUUGCCCUUGCUAUGAGUAUGGGAGUUUUCGCGGCCGUUACCGCAUUUGUCAAGACUUCAAAACUUGUCAACGUUUCUCAGGUCCAGGAUUUCACCUGGUUCUGCUCCACUAUUACAAUCUGGGCCUCUGCCGAAACAGGCUGCACAAUCUUUGCCGCAUCGAUUCCCUCCCUUCGCAUCCUCUUUGUUCGUAUCAGCUCCAGCUACCAGCACUCUGAUGACACUUCCGACACUUAUAAUGGAGAGGCAAUCACUUUGCAAGCCCACAAGGAGGGAAGCAGCGCUCAAAGCAUCCAAAGUGAGCCAGGAAUCACCACCACACAGGAAGAGUCAAUUGAACACAACGGAGCUCAAGUGAGACAACUGGAUACCUAA